AUGGUCAAGGCAGUCGUUGCUGGAGCCUCUGGUGGCAUUGGCCAGCCUCUGUCGCUCCUCCUCAAGCUCUCUCCCCUCGUCGACGAGCUCGCCCUCUACGAUGUUGUCAACACUCCUGGUGUCGCCACUGAUCUGUCCCACAUCUCCUCGACUGCUAAAGUCACUGGCUACCUCCCCAAGGAGGAUGGCGGCAAGGCUGCCUUCAAGGAUGCCGACAUUAUUGUCAUUCCCGCUGGUAUUCCCCGCAAGCCUGGCAUGACCCGUGAUGACUUGUUCAACAUCAACGCUGGCAUUGUCAAGGGCCUGAUUGAGAUUGCCGCCGAGGUUGCCCCCAAGGCUUACAUCCUGGUCAUUUCCAACCCCGUCAACUCGACCGUUCCCAUCGCCGCCGAGGUCCUCAAGGCCAAGGGCGUCUUCAACCCCCAGAGACUCUUUGGUGUCACCACUCUGGAUAUCGUCCGUGCCGAGACCUUUGUUGCCGAGAUUACUGGCAAGAAGACUGGCUCUGAGCUCACAGUUCCCGUCAUUGGAGGACACUCUGGCGAGACCAUUGUCCCCAUCUUCAGUGCUGUCCAGCCCAACGUCACUAUUCCCAGUGACAAGUAUAAGGACCUCGUCAACCGCGUUCAGUUUGGUGGUGAUGAGGUCGUCAAGGCCAAGGACGGUGCUGGCUCAGCUACUCUGUCCAUGGCUUUCGCCGGUUUCAGAUUUGCCGAGAAGGUUCUCAAGGCCAUCAAGGGCGAGAAGGGUCUUGUCGAGCCCAGCUACGUCUACCUUCCCGGUGUUCCCGGUGGUAAGGAGAUUGCUGAGAAGACUGGUGUCGACUUCUUCUCCGUCCCCAUUGAGCUGGGCCCCAACGGUGCCGAGAAGGCUGUCAACCCUCUGACCAACCUCACCAGCGAUGAGAACGCAUACCUGCAGAAGGCCAUUGAGGGACUCAAGGGCAACAUUGAGAAGGGCAUCAGCUUUGCCCACAACCCUCCCCAAAAGUAA